CCUCCAUUCCCAAUAACAUUACACCCCAAUACCCUCCUAGUUAACCACCCACCAAACAAGAAGAGAGAAGAAAGAGCACAGUCAACCAAAAUGUCCUACAACCUCACCUCCAACCCUACCCUCACCCCACCCAACGGCGACUCCAUGAUAACCUUCAUGGAUUCGUUCUACGCAACGAGCGACGCUGAAUCCCUGCACGAGAAAUACGUCGAGAGUUUUACCCCCGAUGCAACGUUAAUCAUGGGGUCGAAGGUCGCGAAUGGGGAGAAAGAAAUCCUCAAUCUCCGACAUGGUCUCUGGACACAUGUGAAGUCCAGGAAGCAUUUUCCGACGAAGGUUUAUUUCGGGGGUGAGCGGGAGUUGAUGCUCUAUGGGACGGUUAGGUAUGUGCUCAAGGCGGAUCCGGAGAAUGAGAUUGAGGUGCCGUGGGCUGGACGGGUGGUUUUUGAUGAGAAGGAGUUGAAGAUGCGGUUUUAUCAGGUUUAUUUGGUGAGUUCUUUCUUAUCUACUAUUUUGUUCUGGUCUUGAGUUUUUGCAGUUCAGGGGACUGAUGUUUUGGGUAUUGUAGGAUCCUACGGUGCAGUCGGGGAAGAAAUAAUGUGUAGAUAUAAGAUAGAGGAGGCUUGAUUGAUA